CGACAGAGACGAUGAAAUAGGAGAGGACCUAAAAAUAACACUUUGAUGUUGAGAAAUGGAAUGUUCAUAAAAGUUCAUUUAAACACUAUGUAACUUUUUAUAUCAAUUAAAUAUUUAACUGCGAUAGUCGUAGCAGAUUAACAACCUAAAAAUUGAUUAGCCUUUGAAAAAUCAUGUAAUUUAAAAUUAUUUUUCUUUACAUUGCUGAGUCAAGGAUAUUCUUACAAAAUGGAGAACGGAUUCCUACGGGAUUCGAGGCAAGACAUACGAUAAAUGAUGCAGAUAUCUGACAACGCCAUAUAAUUUAUAAAAGACUAUCGCCGUACAAACGACAAUGAUAAUUAUUGCAUGGUUACUGAUAUGCUUGAAUUGUUUUCAACCGACCACCUUGGUUACUGUAGUGACCACUGAGCUCGGUAGACACGUGUUGCAGACCUCGCCUUGCUCUGUGACGUCAGUCAACAAUGACGUCACGGUAGACUGCACCAGUCGAGGCAUCCAACAGAUAAAUCCGUCAUGGUUCCCGACGAACGCGACGAAAAUUUUCCUGGACUUCAACAAGCUAACAGCAGUUGAAGAUUUCACUUUUAAGGAAGUUCCACAUCUGCUGGUCUUAAGUCUAGCAUCCAACAGCAUCACUACACUUCACGUCAACGCCUUCACAGGGCUUAAGAAUCUGCAAGUUCUAAAUUUAGAAUCCAACAGAAUUGAUAUAUCAAAUGGAGACUCGUUUCCCAAGCUGGUUCUUCAUGGUUUGAAAAAUUUGACAGAGCUUAGACUAAAACAGGGCUUACAAAUAACAAGCGGAGAAUAUCCGGUGAAGUAUUUCACUUGUCAAGAUUCAUUGACAACCCUGUCUAUUGAUACUGUUAGUGUGAAUUUGGAGUUUGGUUCUGAGUUUUUAAAUUUCACACGUUUGAAAAAGUUAGAUAUUUCCGGAUCUGUGAGAAGCAUUACGAAUUCAAGUUUUGAGAAUUUCCACAAUUUGACAGAAUUAUACUUGGAUAAUUUUGUUGACAUUACAUCAAUCGAUAUCGGUGUCUUUAAGCCACUAGAGAAUCUUGAUGUGCUACACAUUGAAUAUGUUUUUUACGGCGUCAGGAAGAUCUUAAAUCUUUUUUGGCCUUUCAGAGGACGUAAUAUGACUUCGAUACUACUGAAACUAAUACCAUACAGCAUCAACAUCGCCGACGGCAGCCUGCUUAGAAACGACAGCUUCUUGUACGCUGUAACAACGCAACACCUGACUAGUAUCUGUCUACACAGCUUCUCGUUCAUCAACAAUCAAAUUUUUGUUUUUCUUGACGGUUCACUGUAUAGCAGUGUUUGGAAUUCUUGUCUUAGAGAAAUUGAUCUGUCUAAAAAUCCUGUAACCGGGACAGAAGCGGGUUUGUUUAAAAUAUUUACUUUACAAAAUCUACAAAUUUUUACAUUUGAGGAUAUUUUUCGUGCUAAAUCCGAGGAAAAUUUUGACUGGAGGAAAUAUUUUAAAUUAUCUGAGCGAUCGGACUCUGUUUCUUCAUUAGCCGACUUACCAAAAAUAACAAGGCCAACGGGAAUCUUGGUUUAUAUAUUUAGGUCAGUCCGGAUACUUAACUGUAGACGUUUUAUCGCCUCCACCACGCUUAACCUCAGGAUUACGGUAAUGCAAGGUGAACAACUGGAAUUAUUAGACAUAUCAGACAGCGGAUUUAAUAGUUUCUUUGUACCGAUACUUGGAUUAACAGGGUUACGGUUCUUAGAUAUGUCAAGUAAUUUAAUUUAUGUGUUUAGUGAGGACUGGUUCGACUACGUGCCAAAGCUGGAAGUUUUAGUGCUGUUUAACUGCGAGCUUGAUGGUAGUUUUAUGGCCAAGAAAUCUGGUAGGUUGUUCUCUCGGCUAAAUUCUCUUCUGAGGCUGGACUUGUCCUCCAAUUCGUUAACAAUACUGGCAGAAGAUAUGUUCGCCAACAAUACCCAGAUACAGAUGGUUCGACUUGCAGACAAUCGCUUCAGUUCCGUACCGUUUCAUUUAAAAUUCACACCAAAGUUAACUUUUUUAGACCUCUCUAAAAACGCCAUAACCACUAUUGAUAAAGAAACACGAGCUUGGCUUGAUCAUUUAGCUCUAGGGAAAGAAGGAUUUCAGCUUUUUCUUGAUGGGAAUAUUCUAUCCUGUGGCUGCGAGAGUCUAUCGUUUCUCCAUUGGUUGCUGAACACACACGUGAAAUUCGACAAAGAUGGUGUGUUUUCUUGUAUGGAUCAAAAUGGCGUCUUGACCAACACAAGCGCGUAUAGAAAUCUCGACGCACUGUGGAGAAAAUGUUGGGGGGAAGUUUUCCUGUAUUAUUCUUUGGUUCUAUUUUGUCUGAUUAUAAUUGGACUUUUAUCAACUUUUGUAAUUAGCAAAAAACUGACUUACAUUUCCCACUACAUAAUUCAAAUAUUUGGGGGAUUUAAGUAUCAAACAGCAGCCGACUAUAACAUUGGUGUCUUUAUAGGCUAUGCUGACAGCGACUACAGAUUCGCUUGUCAUACGCUGCGAGCGUUCGUCGAGGAUAAUUUACGAAUGACGUCAUACCUACGUGACCGUGACCUUCUGCCAAGCAUCGACAUGGCACGCGGGAUCGUUGACGCCAUCAACUCGAGCUGGCGAAUCGUGCUCGUCUUCAACAAAAAGUUUCUGCAGAACGACGACUGGAUGAUGUUCACCUUCAGAUCCGCCAUCUAUGCUCAGACGCCGGCCAACCCGAACAGAGUUGUCGUUCUUGUGGACGAGAAUCACGCGUAUGAUCUGCCCACAGAGCUGCUGAACGCUGUGGUCGAGGACAACAUUGUGGUGGUCCGCCACUGGGGGCUGACGUAUGAGCUCAGGGAAAAACUCAGGACACGCCUCUGCCCAGUCUGAAAUUUCUUUUAAUAGUUGAGACAGAUGCACAAAGCCUUUGCUUUACUUAGAGUUUGCGAUUUUGUGUCAUAAUCUUAACGUGCUUCAACAGUCGCAUUUUAAACAUUUUACUAUCGUUUAUAUUAAAACAUAUGUUAUGUCUAUUGUAUCAUUUCUGAAAAAUUAUUUCUACAGAAAUUUAUCAGUGCCAUAUUUGUUUAUUAGUGUGUCACAUUUUGAAUAUUUAAAAAAACACCU